AUUGUGACGCCACUGCCGACAUAAACAUCAGCUUCGAAUGCAAUUGCAUUUCGUAAUCUGAAACGGUGCGGCGACUUGUGGUGCGAUCUAGUAGUGUUGAUAACCCCCAGCGAAGGCCUCCCCCCACCCAUGUAAAGACGAGACGGCUCGCCCCAGUUGUCAACGGCUCAGCUUUCAGUCUUGCUUCGAAGCGCAACGCAAACAGUUGUGCAAAUCCUGUCAAUCAACUUCAACUAAACCACUUGAAUUUUGCAGUCUGAGCCGCAAUGGUCAUCCUACGCUUGUACGAUGUCACAGCCCACGAUGCUGCGGAGCAGCAGGCCGUGUUGAGGCGCCUUCAAGACGCUGACAAACUCUCGGAGCUGUUGUCUGUCCGCAUGGAACGCUGCUAUCACUUGGAAUAUGAUCGCUAUGAGCAGCGCAGUAUGCCAUUGGAGACACUGCUAAAGUGGCUGGUCAAGCAGCCCAUGUCGCAUGGCGACGAAUUAAAGGAUUGCCCAUCGUUGCAGGCAAAACAGAAGACAGAAUUGCUGCUGGAGAUCGGACCACGCUUCAAUUUCAGCACACCUUAUUCCACCAAUUGUGUGAACAUAUUUCAUAAUCUCGGCUACAAGGAAGUGCAGCGCAUGGAGUGCUCCACGCGCUAUUUGCUGACCUUCAAACAGGCAGCGAAUCAAGGUAAUGUGGCCAUCUAUGUGGAAUUGCUGGGCGAUCGCAUGACUCAAUGUCAGUACACGGCGACUAAUAUCCCCGUGAAGAGCUUUGAGGAGCAGUUGCCCAGGAAACAGCAGCCUUGGCAUUUUGUGCCGCUAUUGGAGCAGGGACGUCAAGCGUUGGAGCAGGUGAAUCGUGAACUGGGUUUGGCCUUCACUGACUACGAUCUAGACUACUAUUUUGAGCUCUUUGCGCGCACACUGAAACGAAAUCCAACCACUGUGGAGUUGUUCGACUGCGCCCAAAGUAACAGCGAACAUUCACGGCAUUGGUUCUUUCGUGGUCGUAUGGUUAUUGAUGGUGUCGAGCAACCAAAGUCCCUUAUACGCAUGAUAAUGGACACGCAAGAUCACACAAAUCCGAACAAUACGAUCAAGUUCAGUGACAAUAGUAGUGCCAUACGUGGCUUCGAGCAUGCUGCACUGCAGCCACGAUUGUGUGCGCUGCCGGGCUCGGUCAGCCUGGAGAAAGUGCAGUCUGAUUUGAUCUUCACCGCCGAGACCCACAACAUGCCUACGGCAGUGGCACCAUUCAGUGGUGCCACCACCGGCACUGGCGGUCGGCUUCGCGAUGUGCAAGGCGUAGGACGAGGUGGUGUGCCUAUUGCGGGAACCGCUGGAUAUUGCGUAGGCUCCCUGCACAUACCAGGUUACAUUCAGAGCUACGAGCCCAUUGGCUACAAAUAUCCCAGCUCCUUUGCCCCGCCUCUACAAGUCCUCAUUGAGGCAAGCAACGGCGCUUCUGAUUAUGGCAAUAAAUUCGGUGAGCCGGUCAUAGCGGGCUUUGCCAUUUCCUAUGGCCUGAACAAUGCUGCUUCGCCGAAUAUUCGUGACGAGUUCGUCAAGCCCAUCAUGUUCAGCGGGGGAUUGGGAACGAUGCCUGCGGCUAUGCGGGAGAAGCUGCCACCUGCACGCGGGAUGUUGUUGGCUAAAAUUGGUGGUCCUGUGUAUCGUAUUGGUGUUGGCGGUGGCGCCGCCAGUUCUGUGGAAGUACAGGGCUCUGGUGAUGCCGAAUUGGACUUCAAUGCUGUGCAACGUGGCGAUGCGGAAAUGGAGAACAAGUUAAACCGCGUGGUACGCGCUUGUCUGGAGCUGGGGGCCAAGAAUCCGAUAUUGGCUAUUCAUGAUCAGGGCGCCGGUGGCAAUGGCAAUGUGUUGAAGGAGCUAGUGGAACCAGGAUUCGCGGGUGCAAUUAUUUUCUCGAAGGAAUUCAAACUGGGAGAUCCCACGAUCACAGCACUGGAGCUCUGGGGCGCCGAGUAUCAGGAAAAUAACGCCAUCUUGUGCAAGCCAGAGCAUCGCGAAUUGCUGGAGCGGAUCUGCGCCCGCGAACGUUGUCCCAUUAGUUUUGUGGGCGUGGUGACAGGAGAUGGUCGUGUAACGCUCGUUGAAGAUGCCGCAGACUUUGAAAAGGCAUUGAUGCCAGAGUCACGUAAAGAUUAUGGAGCUGUGCCGUUUGAUUUGCAGCUGGAACAUGUGCUUGGUGAUAUGCCCAAGCGGGUCUACAAACUUGAACGUGAGCCUCUGCAUCUAAAGUCACUUCAACUACCCACAGAUUUAAAGCUUACGGAGGCCUUGGAGCGAGUGCUCAGCCUGGUUGCUGUGGGAAGUAAAAGAUUCCUUACCAACAAAGUGGACCGCUGUGUGGGGGGCCUGAUAGCCCAACAGCAAUGCGUUGGACCACUGCAGGCACCACUAGCGGACUAUGGGCUGACCACCGUCUCCCAUUUCACCACCGCCGGCAUAGCCACCUCUAUAGGGACGCAACCGCUUAAAGGUCUGCUUAGUCCUGCGGCCAUGGCGCGUAUGUGUGUGGCUGAAGCGCUCAGCAAUCUCGUUUUUGUGAAAAUCACCGAGCUGGCCGAUGUCAAGUGCUCGGGCAAUUGGAUGUGGGCGGCCAAGCUGCCGGGCGAAGGCGCCCAGAUGUACGAUGCUUGUCAGGAGCUGUGCCAAAUAAUGCAGGAACUUCACAUAGCCAUUGAUGGUGGCAAGGACUCCCUGUCGAUGGCCGCAAAAGUGGGCAGCGAGACCAUUAAAUCACCGGGAACGUUGGUUAUCUCCACAUACGCACCCUGUCCCGAUGUACAUGUGCGUGUCACGCCAGAUCUGAAGGGUCCGUCGGCCGGAGCAAGCACCGCCUUGCUUUGGAUAAAUAUCGAGAAAAGUUUCCGCUUGGGCGGCUCGGCGUUGGCUCAGGCAUUCGCACAACAGGGUAAUCAGUGUCCGAAUCUGAUUCGAAGUGAUGUUUUGGGUCAGGCCUUCGCGGUCACCCAAACUUUGUUGCAGCAGCAAUUGUUGCGCGCCGGGCACGACAUCAGUGAUGGCGGAUUAAUCGUUUGUCUGCUGGAAAUGGCCAUUGGCGGAGUGUGUGGACUGGAAGUUAAUUUGGCUGAGGCUUUGGCUGCUUUCGAGGAUUACGAUGCAGCUGCGUUGGCCAUUGAGCGGCCCGAGCUGGCACUGCUCUUUGCCGAGGAGUGCGGCUGGGUCGUGGAGGUGAAUGAGGCGGAUUUGAAAGCUGUGCGACAAAUCUAUAACAAAGCGGGAGUGCCCAAUUACUAUCUAGGCAAGACCACGAGCUAUGGCUUGGAGGCACAGGUGCGCAUUACAAAUGGGCCGAAAAUAUUGCUUCAGAAUUCAUUGCGAGAACUAUACAAGCAAUGGGAACGGACCAGCUACGAGCUGGAAAAACUGCAGGCCAACCAGAGUUGCGCCAUAGCGGAAUUUGAGAGCCUUGACUACCGCCGUGGUCCGCAAUACAAAUGUGGAGUGAAUCUACAGGCGGAGCUUACACUGAAACGCAGCUCAAAGCCUAUUCGAGUGGCUGUGCUGCGGGAGGAGGGCGUCAAUAGUGAGCGCGAGAUGAUGGCCUCUCUGUUUAGAGCCAACUUUGAGGUUCAUGAUGUAACCAUGUCAGAUUUGCUGGCGGGUCUUACCAGCUUGGAUAAUUAUCGUGGUCUUGUCUUCCCCGGUGGCUUCAGCUAUGCGGACACCUUGGGCUCGGCAAAGGGCUGGGCAGCCAACAUAUUGUGCAGCAAGCUGCUGCGUCCGCAGUUUGAAGCUUUCAAGUUACGCCAAGAUGUCUUUUCGCUGGGAAUUUGCAAUGGCUGUCAAUUGAUGACGCUAAUUGGUUAUGUGGGCGAAGGGAACUCCGAUCAGCAUUCCACAUCCGUGGCUUUGUUGCACAAUCAGUCGCAACGCUUUGAGUGCCGCUGGUCUACCGUGCGCAUUCCUGCGAACAAGGCGAUGAUGUUGCGAAACAUGCAGGAUCUCGUAUUGGGCUGCUGGGUGGCCCAUGGGGAGGGUCGGUUUGCCUUCAAGCAUCCGGAAUUGCUGCCACGACUCAAGUCGCAGCAAUUAGUGACACUGCAGUAUGUGGACGAUGAGGGAGUUCCCACAGAGCGCUAUCCCAUGAAUCCCAAUGGCAGUCCCGAGGGCGUUGCCGGUCUCUGCUCCGUUGAUGGACGACACUUGGCUCUGAUGCCACAUCCGGAACGUUGUAGUGCCAUGUAUCAAUGGCCAUAUGUGCCACAUGAUUUUGCCGUGCCAGUCGAGCAAGUGGAGAGUCCCUGGCAACUAAUGUUCAACAAUGCGUACAACUGGUGUGUGCUCCAGAACGAAUAGAGACGCUCAAAUCGCUCGAAUUAACCCUAAGCAUAUGCGAAUUUAACUUUCUCCUUAUAUAUUACAUUCCACUUUAUACACCGACACUUUUAUACAAUUUCUACAAUUAAACGUAACAAAACAGUUUAAGCUUA